CAUAGGAUGACGGGCGAGGGUCAUGGGGUGUGAGUGAUACUGAGCUCUCGAGCCCCCAGAGCUGCGGCUUCCCCUUGCCCCGCGGCCGGGAGCAGCGUUCCGGGCCCCUCACUCGCCAGCCCGCCCACCGUCCAGCGGCGGCGCGGCCCAUGCGGCUGGGGGCGGAGGCCGGAUCCGGCGCGGGCUGGGCGUCUCAGGGGCGGCCGGCGGCCCGGCGAGGUGAGGGGGCAGCGGCGGGGCCCGGCCCAGCCCGGUGAUUGGCCGCCGACUGAGGGCCGCCGGGCGGCCAGCGGCGACGGGGCGGGGAAGAGCCGGCGGAGCCUUCCGCGUGCGGAGCCGGGAAGAUGCUGCUGUCCCUGGUGCUCCACAUGUACUCGAUGUGCUGCGUGCUGCCGGCCGCCGUGCUCCUGGGCACGGCUCCCACCUACGUGCUGGCCUGGGGGGCCUGGCGGCUGCUCUCCGCCUUCCUGCCCUCGCGCUUCUACCAGGCGGUGGACGACCGGCUCUACUGCAUCUAUCAGAGCAUGGUGCUCUUCUUCUUCGAGAACUACACCGGCGUGCAGAUACUGCUAUAUGGAGAUUUGCCAAAAAACAAAGAAAAUAUAAUAUAUUUAGCAAAUCAUCAAAGCACAGUUGACUGGAUCGUUGCUGAUAUUUUGGCCAUCAGGCAGAACGCUCUCGGACACGUGCGCUAUGUGCUGAAAGAUGGGCUCAAAUGGCUUCCACUGUAUGGGUGUUAUUUUUCUCAGCAUGGAGGGAUCUAUGUAAAGAGAAGUGCCAAAUUCAAUGAAAAGGAAAUGAGAAAAAAGCUGCAGAGCUACAUCAAUGCAGGAACUCCAAUGUAUCUUGUGAUUUUUCCAGAGGGAACAAGGUAUAAUCCAGAACUAACAAAAGUCAUUUCAGCUAGUCAAACAUUUGCUGCUCAAGAAGGCCUUCCAGUAUUAAAACAUGUGCUGACACCAAGAAUAAAGGCAACUCACGUUGCUUUUGACUCUAUGAAGAAUUACUUAGAUGCGGUUUAUGACGUUACAGUGGCUUUUGAGGGGACUGUGGAUGAUAGAGGGCAGCGGAGGCAAGCGCCGUCCAUGGCUGAAUUUCUCUGCAAAGAAUGUCCAAAAAUUCAUAUUCACAUCGAUCGUAUAGACAAAAAAGAUGUCCCAGAAGAACAAGUAUACAUGAAAAGAUGGCUUCAUGAACGUUUUGAAAUAAAAGAUAAAUUGCUUAUAGAAUUCUAUGAGUCACUGGAUCCAGAAAGAAGAAACAAAUUUCCCGGAGAAAGUGUUAAUUCUAAACUGAGUCUCAAGAAGACCUUACCAUCAUUCUUGAUCUUAAGUGGUUUGACUGCUGGUAUGCUUAUGACCGAGGCUGGAAGGAAACUAUAUGUAAAAACGUGGAUUUAUGGAACCUUGAUUGGCUGCUUGUGGGUUAGUAUUAAAGCGUAAAUGCGUAGCUGUCUCCAAGCAGUGGGAUGUGCUACGUUGUUUAUUGCUGGCGGCUGCACAUUACAUCCGAUUGUUCCUGAAUUUAAUACGGAGUGUAAAUAAAGCCUUGUUGAUUGAACAUUGGAUGAAAUAGAAUUUCUGACUAAAGCCAACAUGCAGUUGGUCUUGGGCAAACAUACAUGGUUUUACAACUCUAGUCCAGAAGCUGCUGGAAAGGGAAAAGACAAACAGAGUUUAUGUUAUAGUUGGCAUUUCCAGUGAACUAAUGUCAACUUCAGAAGACUGUUAGGAUUAUAUAUUUCGUUACUGUUUUGUAAUUCCGAUAGCUGCAUUCAUGAACAUUAAUUUGCAGUAUAUUUCACUGUAUUUGUUAUCUUCCAUUUUUUACAACUUGACUGGUCCAAACUCUUAUCACUGAAGUAUUUAGUAUCUUGCAGCUGUGUACUAUGUUUCCUUGUGUUUAAUUUCUCCAAGUCGAUGGAAGAAAUGGUAGCUGAGCAUAUGGAGAAGGACACGCGGAGAGGCUGAGGAAUGCUGGUGAGGGAGCUCUG